UUAAAUUUCAAAACGAUUGCUCAUAGAAGGAUCAAUUCAUAGUAUGAUUCACCAAAUGAUUUAGUUAUUUGUAUAGGAUUGUAUAAUCUGAGCUUUGUCUUGCGUUUCUUUUCAGGAAAUAUUCAGCAUGUCCUCGGAGUAUUCCUUCUGCGGCGAAGGAGGUUUCGACGAGCUCUCGAGCUCUUCUGAUUCCGGCUUCGACGUCAGCUUCGAAUCACCGAAACACGAAAUCCAAUCGGAUAAUCUGUUUCCACCGCUAAAAGAAGAGAAACGCAAGAAGCCUCGAAACACGAGGUGCAAAAGUCCUACACAGGUGCUCAGGCUGAAAAGGACGCGUCGGAUAAAGGCGAACGAUCGCGAACGUCACAGGAUGCACACAUUGAACGACGCGUUGGAACGUCUGAGGAUGGCAUUGCCGACGUUUCCGGAGGACACGAAGCUGACGAAAAUCGAGACCCUUCGGUUCGCCCACAACUACAUCUGGGCGCUGUCUCAGACGUUGGGAAAUUCCGAGACGGGUGAGAUCACUGUGAACGUGGGCAACGUGACGGUGAGCAUCAGCGAGAACGGAAAUAUGAUCACCUCUUCGACCGGAAGCUGUGCGGUGGCGGCACAGAAACGUCUCGGACCGUCGCACGCGAACUUCCCUUAUCCCCAAGAACGAUUCGUUCCCGAAUGGCAGGAGUACGACUGCUACAGCGAUCAAAGUGUCAGUCCACCGAUGCAGUAUCAACCCUGUUUCGAUCAGAGGAUGUAUCACACGCAGCAUCAACUACCGACUCCACAUCAUAUGGGACCGAAUAACAUGUAUCAGUGUCUUUAGAAAGUUCCCGGUGAAUGGUGUACCCGGAAACUGCGAAGGGUGACAUUUUUAGUACAGCUAUGCCUGGUUGGUGCUCGUAGAUUUUGGUCGAUACAAUUAACGCUAUGAAAUAGUGAGGUCGAGGACUGAGGGCUGUGGAUGUUCACCGGAUGUAAGUCCCAAAUCUGCAACCACUAACCGAGUAUUAAUAUAAGAAAGAGCAAGGAGAUAGUACAAACUUCGGUUACAAGAACGAGGCAGGAGAAUGAUGAAAGGGAUGUGGAUUACGAAAGAAGAAUCUUAUGGACUGAUUUGCAGAUAAUUUCGAAGUUUCGUAUAAGGGAUGAAAAUUCUCGUAAAAUAUGUAAGGUAAUAGAGAGUGGUAUGAGUCAUCGCCGCCAUUGUAUCGUUAUAACGAGCCACGAUUCUUUGGGGUUGCCGUAAUUCGGCGAUGAUCUUGAUAUAAAAGUGUGCACGAAUUUUAGUAAAUCGAAACUUCGAAGCAUUCCAUAAUUUCCAUAAUUUAUAUACAGAAGCCAGUGAUCGAAAACCAAAGAAUUUACAUCCGCAGUCAUUUACCAGAUAGUAUGAAUCCAUAGUUUUAUGAAUCUUUCAAUGACACACCCUUCGAAAUGUCAAAGAACGUACUUAUUACAAUUUACAAGUGAAUUAUAUGUAAAUUGUGUCUCGGUCGUACUGUACUCGAAAUCAUGCAAGUGUGUUGAUUGGAGUUUAAUUCGUGUAAUUGUACAAAGAGUAGGCUAACGUACAAAAUGAUCGUUAUUUACUUUGUAAGAGAGCAUUCUAUUUGCAACGAAUUACUAGGAUUAAGGUUAAAGUUAGCACGAUCGUGGCUAGGAUUUUAAUUUCGAUUGGUCUCGUUUAUCUGUAAACGCAUCCCGUAUAUAAUUAUGUAAGCACGUACUAAAGAAAAUCGCGUUCCUUUUCUUUUCUAGUCAUCGAUGCUCUUAGGUUGAUCUCGAACGUUUGAUCUCACCCCCUUUGUUUCUAGAAUAUUUUAUUAUUUAAGCACACCUCUCCGUCAGUGCUCUUAUCGGAUCGUGAAAUCACCGAUUCAGGGAAUAUAUAUUGUACAGAAUUUAUAUCUUAUCAAUAAAUCAUAUUUUACCUAAUUGUUUACCAUUCAAUACUUUCACCUCCACAAUUGAAUAAAUGCUAAUAUUCCUGACUAUAAAUUCAAAAGUUACGAAAUUAAAGUUUGCUACCAUAUAUUUAAUUUUACUCGCUCACGAUUUGCAAGAGCGAUGAUAGAUAAGCCACGUUUUCGAUCAGUAACAAAGUCAUCGUCGAAAGAGGGUAAACGAAUACGCAAACACGAUGCAGAGCGAUUAAACGGUUAUCGUUUCACGAACGAGCAUGCUCGAGCCACUUUGCAGGAAUGAAGUCCUGUUGAAGAAUGAAGGAGCACGUGCCAGGACACGUGUCUUUUGUAGAAAUCACCGCGGGACAGAUGUAUCGGCAAAUCGCGUUGAAAUUACUCCUACCCGCCUAAUCCGACGGAUUACCCGAGGAACGUGACUCUGAAAUGUUCGAAAUCGGUUGGACAAUCGAAAAAAAUUUUACCUGCUCCUUCAGCCCUCAUCCACGAUUUUCUCUGAAAUUGUAAUUUGUGUUUCCCUACUUCUGAAAUGGGGUUGGAAUAGAAUUUCGAUCAGGGAAUCAAAACAAGAAUCACGCAAUUUUCAUGCACGAGGAACAUACGUGAAUCGGAAGAUCGAUAGGAAAAUAUUAUUUUUCCAUCCUGAAUUCAACAGUCCAACGGUUAUUUUGAUAGUUCCCGCCCUGUUUGCUCUUCAUUUGAUCGAUCCAGUUCACCUAUUUAUUUUUCUAACACUUAGCCAUCGUGUCACUAGAAUGGAACACCCACUUGUUCUUGUUAUGGAAAUUAUUUUCCGAGUAUGGUGCUACUUGAUCGAUCGAUUUUCAUUUGCAUUUAUGAACCAUCGAAUUACUCGAAAUUUUCCAAGAAUAAUCGGCAGUGAUCGGGCCGAUAUCGAUACGUAUUGAUAACGUCAAUCAAAUCAAAGUAUAACACCAAAUCAAUACUUUUGAUUUUGGAAAUAAUAUGUCCAAUUUCUCAUCGAACAGACAAAUAAGAUAUUUUUGCUUAUAGGAGACGUUUAACCGGUUGAUCAAUAAUUUCGUAUACAAGACCUAUUUGCAAACAAGCUGCAAGCUGCGACGAAUCCGUUAGCACGCUCGAUCGUUUCCCCAAAUCUCGCCAAUAAUGGUAAUGCUUCAAUGGAACCAUUAUGUCGGCGACAUAUAACUGUGUGCACAGCCACGACAGACGGCCGGGAUGCGUAAAGGUGUUGGAUUUUGGGGGGAUUCAAUCAGUUUUUGCCGUGGACACUGCGCCCCGUAACUGCUUCCACCCAUAGGGGUGCG